AUGCAGGAUCCCAGUGGAAACAAGGGUUGUAGAGCAGGUGGCGAAGAAGAAGAGGAGUGUAUCCAACAAACAUCAAGUACUACUAAUGCCCAAGAUAGCUCACAAAGUUCUGAAGCCGAGAAUGACCAUAGUUACUCCCCUCAAGAAAGCCACCAACAAGAUUCUGGUAGCCAGGCUGUCCAAGGCAGCCUUGAUUCAAGAAGCCCUGCAGAGGCAAGAGUGGUGGCAGAAGAAGCAGCCAUUGCUCCACAUGGCGAGCAGGCACCAGUUAUUCCCGGACCCAGUGGAGAUGCUGCAACAACAGCUGGAAGUAGACUCCUAGAGUUUUCUGUAACAGUGCCAUUCAGAACCGCUGUGGAGGCAAACAUAGCCUGCAGAUCCCUGGCUUCAAAUGUCCAGCAGCAGCAAGUGAUGGUUCAACAAGAGUUCACAGUGAAUGAUACCACCCUGACUGUUAGGUGGACCACUGAAGAUCCUGUUCUCUUCCGAACAUCUAUCAAUGCCUUCCUCGACCAGCUCUCCCUAGUGAUGAGGAACAUCCCACGCCCAGUGUUUAUGGCUGUUUUCAAACAAGGAAGAGGACGAAAUAAUGACCCCUAAUGUGAUACCACCCAUAAGA